CACCAGUGAGACACAGAACCAAACAUUUAGUGUGAACGACGAGAAAUAAUGUAGACAGAUAUAAAAAAGUCAGCUGGACAGUUUUGGUAACACAAACCAACUAGUAAUGUGAGCAUUUAAAAUCGAUUGAGAGACUGAGAAAAUUGUUGUUCAGCAGCUAUGCGUCUGGUAGUUUUACAGUUCCUGGCUGGGUUUUUUGGAGCUCUAAGCUCAAUGUUCCUCCUGGGAUCACUUGGGUCUGAUUACUGGCUUAUGGCAUCUGAAUCUUGUGGAGAUGCUGCUCUUUUCAAAUUACGGAGAGUCACAAAGGAUAUCUCUCAAGCACAACCAGGCAGUAGUAAUCAGGCUGAAAACACCCUUCUGUUCUACCAUGAAGGUCUUUUUUGGAGAUGUUCCUACCAUAGGGGUUCAAGUGGAGAGCAGGGCAGCAUACUGGCUUUUUUGAUAACCAAUCAACAUUCCCAGAAGGUCUGCGUGCCAGCUUACUUGUCUCAUGCUCCGGUUUCUGGACUUCCCAACAAUGUUCUAACCUCAGACUCUGCCACAGGGACCAGCCAUCGUCUUUAUGAGACUGGAGGUGCUCUCUUUAUAACCGGGGGCAUCUUAAUCAUGUCUGUAGUGAUGCUGUUUGCUGUGUGGGUGCAGGUCUCAGACUCUUUAGAGCGGUACGGUCUCCAGCGCAGACGCUUAGUGUGCCCCAGUCUGCAGCUCAGUGUGCACUAUGGUCCGUCUUUUAUGCUGGCUCCCACUGCUGCCUUCCUCUGCCUGCUCACUGGCCUGCUUCUCCUGCUUAUUCCAUCAGUCAGCAAAGCAUCAGCCAGCGACACAGAGAAUCAGCCAUUCUCACUGCGAGAGGAAUGUGUGUAGAGUUAUGUAUAUAUGACAAUGAUACUUUCCCAAUGUUUAAAGUAAUUUUUUUCUGUUAUCAUUUACUCCCCCUUUUCUGAAUGUGUAUAGAUAUUUGCCCUCCAUAUACCACAAAAGGAGAUUUAGGAGGAUAUUUUACAUGAGAAUAUAAUUGAAAGUAAUCAAAUUUUGAUACAAUUUUAAUUAAAGAAAUAAUUAAAUGUACCCGGGGGCCGGAAGGGGGUGCUACAGGGUUUACAGAAAAUAUUCUAUAAAUAUCAAUGAUAAUUUCAUCAGAUACAUUAAAUUUGUCUUUAUUAUCACUAUUUCAAAUAGCUUUUAAAGGUGGGAAUUUUUCACUUUUUGUUCUACUGACAGCCACAGCUCUGAAAAGCGCCUAGUUACCAUUCACUUUCACUGUAUGAAAAAGAGCAACCUCAACAUUCUGCUAAACUUCUACUUUUGUGGAGAAGAAAAAAAAAAGUGAUAACUGAAUUUUUACUCCCGGAUGAACUAUUUCUUUUAGACUGUUAAAAAGUCAUAAUCAGAUACAGGUGAUACAGGCUUAUCCACCAGUUCUGAUUAUUAAUGCAUUGUAACUAAUAUUUUUUUCAUGUCUAUAUAUUGAUUUAUUUUCUUUCAUUCUAUUUUUUUCCUUGGCUCCAGAUUUCUUAUGCUUUUUUAUUCUUUUUUUUUAACUGCAGAAAUUUCAUUGAACUAAACAAAAUAUCAUUCAUAAUAAAAAACUAAAAUCAAUCAUACUAAAUUAUGAGAUUCCAGUUUGCAGUCCUUUAGUCACAUCGUCUGGUCAUGGAUGAAAAAAUUGAUAGGUGGUGUACUCUUCAACCAGCUUCAUAAACUAUUUCAUUAACCUUUAUGUAAAAUGUAACACUGUGUACAACCAAAUAAGUCCAUUAACAUUCCCAUUUAUCUCAAUGGCAAUAGCUCCAAAAAGUACUGGUAAAACAUCUAUAAUAUAAAAAAAUAUUUAUGAUUUAAACGCUGCUUGCAAAUUUUUGUCAGAAUAAACUGAUAUAUUUGAAUGGCCAUCAGUGUAGAAUCUUUGACCUCUUGCUAUAUGACUGCCUUGGCCACCUCAAA